GUAAUUGUUGAACACCCAACAGUCCCAUCAGACACCACAUUGCCUCUUUCACAACCCCGUCUUUGUUAUUCAAUACCAUACCUAACCAGAUUUCUACUCUCCAUCACGUAUACUGCGCCUUCACCAUCUUUUCUAAAUUUUUCAUCUUAUCCAACACGCACCACAAAAACACAACACUACGACACCCCCAUCUCAACCCAGUCACAACACCAUCAUCUUCAAUCUGCACAACACUUUCUACAUAAACACCACCCAUGCUCACCGCACCAAGACCAACACAAACCCAAACAUCCCUAAUCAUUCUUCACGCACACAGUUUUACACAUGAAAAAAAGGAGAAUGGCGGCGCUAGUGAUGAUAACGUUGCCCACGCAUCCUGUGACACCCACGAUAGUUCCGGCGUUUACAUCGUGUUGGCCGGCGAAAACUUCGACGGUAACAGCGGGGCCGUGACGGUUCCGAGCGGCGCGGUGAGGUGGAGGCUCGAUGGGGGCUGCGGAUGCUGGAGUGUGGGGAGGAGAGAAAGGAGUCUUGGGUGUCGAGGAAGAUAGUUACCCCUUGAUUAAGAAGAAAUUAAGGCUGGAUUAGUCAUUGCCCUCACACACCUCUUUUACGGGAUUGGGCCUUUGAGAGAGAAGGUGUGAAGUGAGUGACUAAGCGUUGUGCCUCUCUUUUCUUCUUCCUUCGAAUCCCUGUUCUCUGCAUUGGCUCAUGAUGACCUCUCCCGAGACCCUUUCGUUCAUGGAGCUAGCCAUACAUCAGGCGAGGUUAGCUUUGGAUGCUCUUGAAGUGCCUGUUGGAUGUGUAAUUGUUGAGGAUGGCAAGGUAAUAGCCACAGGCAGAAACCGAACUACUGAGACACGAAAUGCUACAAGGCAUGCAGAAAUGGAAGCUAUAGACGUGCUUCUUGGGCAGUGGCAGAAAAAUGGACAUUCAAUGUCUGAAGUUGCUGAAAAAUUCUCAAACUGCAGUCUUUAUGUUACCUGUGAACCGUGCAUAAUGUGCGCAUCUGCUUUAUCAAUUUUAGGUAUAAAGGAGGUAUUUUAUGGCUGUUCAAAUGAUAAAUUUGGAGGCUGUGGAUCGAUACUGUCCUUGCAUUCAAGUAACACCACACCAGUCAAUAAUGAAGUUCCAUCAGGAAAGAAUUUCAAAUGUACUGGAGGUAUAAUGGCAUCAGAAGCUGUCCUUCUCUUUCGAACAUUCUAUGAGCAAGGAAAUCCGAAUGCUCCAAAGCCACACAGGCCUUUAGCACGUCAGACAUGAAGUGUAAUCUGUAUAUCACCAGUUGCUGAUAUAGUAUCUGUUAUGAACUGGGAAUCUGCUCUACCAAUUACUAGAAAGAUGAAUCACAUUUUGUCAUUCUAACUUAUUCUUACUGGAGGUUCAAACUAGUUGCAAAAUGGAAUUGAAGCUAUUCAUUUUUGUUAAAUAUUUUUUAGUUUCUGGAAGGUGCAGUGAGUUUCCUUUUUAUUGUACACGAUAUUCGUAGUUAUGGUCUAAUUGAUAAAGGAGAUCGAAUAGCAUAGUAAGAAUUACUAUUUAAACUUUCUUUUGGGGGAUGGGCUCAUUCAGCCUAUAAUAUUAAGAGUAUACAUAUAUUAUUUAUCUACCUUACAAUUUAACAGUUCUACACAGUAAAUAUGUACUCCAUUAUUGUCUUGCUAUUGUUUUAGA